AUGGCGACGUUAAUCAGAAGCAAGCUUUCUAAUAAACUGUCAAAUGCAGCCACCACCGUCUCCAACAAAUCCCAGGCGAAGGUGAGCGGGAUGUUCGCCAGGAUGGGGUUCCAGGCCGCCACCAACGAGGAGGCGGUGGGCUUCGUUGCCUGCGAUGACCUGGACUACGACCACCGGCAAGGCAUGCAGAUGGACAUUUUGACAACCGAUGAGAUGGGAGGUGAGGGGAGCGGAGGCGCGGGCGGACUGGACGGGGACAGCCACUACCAGAGGGACGGCACCGGUCCGGCGCACUCGGGCUCAAAAGACGGAGGUCUGGCGAACGAGUUGACUGAAGUCAAACCAAAAAUCACCGCGUGGGAGGCGGGCUGGAACGUCACGAAUGCAAUUCAGGGGAUGUUCGUACUUGGGUUGCCGUACGCCAUCCUGCACGGAGGAUACCUCGGACUUUUUCUCAUUAUCUUCGCCGCCGUGGUGUGCUGUUACACGGGGAAAAUCCUCAUUGCCUGUCUGUACGAGGAGGACGAAGACGGACAGCUCGUCCGUGUGCGGGAAUCCUAUGUGGACAUUGCCAACGCCUGCUGCGCGCCCAGAUUCCCCAACAUAGGUGGCCAUAUCGUGAAUGUAGCCCAAAUCAUAGAGUUAGUGAUGACUUGCAUCCUGUAUGUGGUGGUCAGUGGUAACCUCAUGUAUAACAGCUUCCCCAACAUGCCAAUUUCCCAGAAGUCGUGGGCCAUCAUCGCCACCGCCGCUCUCCUCCCCUGCGCCUUCCUCAAGAACCUGAAAGCCGUCUCCAAGUUCAGCUUGCUGUGCACGAUGGCCCACUUUGUCAUCAACGUCCUGGUGAUAGCCUACUGCCUCUCCAGGGCAAGGGACUGGGCGUGGGACAAGGUCAAGUUUUACAUCGAUGUCAAGAAGUUCCCGAUCUCCAUUGGGAUUAUCGUGUUCAGCUACACCUCGCAGAUCUUCCUGCCGUCUCUGGAGGGGAACAUGUCUAAACCGAGCGAGUUCCACUGCAUGAUGAACUGGACUCACAUCGCUGCCUGCAUCCUCAAGGGCCUGUUCGCCCUCGUGGCCUACCUGACCUGGGCUGACACAACCAAGGAGGUCAUCACAGACAACCUGCCCUCAACCAUCAGAGCUGUCGUUAACCUCUUUCUUGUGGCCAAAGCCUUGCUGUCGUAUCCGCUGCCGUUUUUCGCUGCUGUCGAGGUAUUUGAGAAAUCGUUUUUCAACGACGGAGAACGUACGAUGUUUCCAGAUUGCUAUGGGAUUGAUGGACGCUUAAAGUCCUGGGGACUCAGUCUCCGAUGCCUCCUUGUUGUGUUCACCUUGCUCAUGGCGAUCUAUGUGCCACAUUUCGCCCUCCUCAUGGGUCUCACUGGCAGCCUGACAGGUGCAGGCCUGUGCUUUCUGCUUCCCAGUCUCUUCCACCUCAGGCUUUUAUGGAGAAAGCUGCUAUGGCACCAGGUUUUCUUUGACGUCGCCAUAUUUGUAAUAGGAGGUAUAUGCAGCAUAUCUGGUUUUAUCCACUCAACGGAAGGUCUGAUAGAGGCUUUCCAAUAUAACAUACAAGAGUAG